AUGGAGCUUAUCUCAGUUUUCAACAUAAUAGCUCUUAUACAUGAGUCCUCCAGCAGAACCGGUCAGGCGGUGACCGCGCGCCCCGUGUCGGCUAUUCCAAUUGAUUCCCUCAGCGGUGCGACUGGAGGCCCGCCAAGCGCCGGCGGACGCACGAGCGCAGAGCCGCGACCGCUAAUUUUAGUGGGCGUCGCGCGCGCGGGCUGCGAAGGUGCGCCGGAUGAGCACGCCGGCUGGUCGCACACGGCUCCUCGCAACAUGCUGCACGCCUCUGAAGAUGUAGCAGCGUUACGAAAAAAAAUUACGUCCGAAGCCAUCGAAAAUCUACAUCUCAGCGUGGUACGGGGAAAUAUCCAGAAUGUUAAAGACUGCCUGAAAUCCGGUGUGUAUGUCGACGAAAGACUGAAAGGAGAAUGGAGCCCAUUGAUGUUUGCAUGCUCCUUAGGCCAUGCAGAAAUAGUAGACUGCCUACUGCAAUAUGGCUCCAAUCCCAACUUCCACAAAGGACACUUUACACCAUUGAUGGCUACCUGCACUUCUACUAAAGACGAGAAGAAGCUCUUAGAUUGUGUGAAGCUACUGGUGUACAGCGGAGCAAACGUAAACGCCAUAGACCAGUUCCAUCACACGCCCAUCAUGUACGCGUCGAGGGAAGGCCAUGCUGAGAUAGUAGAUUUUCUCGUCCAGAGGAACGCCAACGUCCACUCAAGAGAUAAACAAGGGAGAACAGCACUGUUUUGGGCCAUAAACAACGGGAAUACUGAUGUUGUGAAAGUUCUACUUAAAGCUGGUGCACUGAAAAGCAUCAGCGAUAAGGAAUUCUUGCCCGCCGAUCUUAGCGCCAUUGCUACAGAGAAGAUGGUUAAAUUAUUUCAUAAUGACACCAACAACAACAACAAUAAAAAGCUGAGCAGCAAACGAAAUGGGUUGGUAACAAUCAAUAAGGAGCUUCCGGCCUUCCUCGAAAGUAACGAAGCGUUGGUGAAAGGUCGGAGUACGAAUCUGACUGACUUGAUACUGAAGGAUGGCCUCAGCAAGAUAGAAGAACUGAAAAGGAGGUUCUAUCAGCAGUACGAAACUAUCUACUACCUGAGGUUGAGGCUAGACAGUGUACCAAAGCAGCAUCAGCCAGUUUCAAAAAUGCCCAUUACAAAGAAGUUGGCUACACAGGCUAGAGAGGCUAUGACGGCAGCUGAGUGUGUUUAUCACAACCUCAGGUUUCUCCAUCACUUUACAGUUCAGUUGUCGGAAACGGACGACUUGGAGCCAGAAAACGAUCCUGCCGAGAAGACUGACAACGAAUCCUCCCAGAAAUGGAGUUCUUUAAUGGUCACCAUUGGAAUUAUCGCCGUCACUCUAUUCAAAACUAAAGUGUUUGGUUUUCUCAGAUAGGAUCCCAAGUACUAACCACGUAGCUUUGAAAUUGCACAUACUAUUGACUGAUGUCGAUCUCAAAAUUAUUUAUGGACUAGAAAUUCCCAAAUUAUGUACCGUAUAAAAUAUCACACAAAAGUUGUAAAUGUAUUACACAAUUAACGAACUGUAUAUAGAAGUUGUUUAGUACAAAUCAUUUUGUAAUAAAAGAUUUCUCUUAGCUUA